AUGUCGACAAUGCAUUCGAUAACAGGGAUUCUGAGCUCCGACAGCUCCUUGUCACUUUCCACCGAUACGACCACCAACGCGACCAACAACUAUGAGUCGACAGAGCAAGUUGAAAUUGCAGCUAUCUUCCAUGAAGAUGUCGUCCAGGAGGAUACCACCGAUGAGAAAGCCGCGAAGAAACCCGAAUUCGAAGAUACUUUUGUAAAAUGGGCUAUCGAGAAAGACGUCAUUGGCGAAAAUAACAGCGAGGAAGAUACCGUUCACAUUCAGAUGAAUCUCCUCUUACGGGAUAUCAACAUGGAGGAUGACGCCAAGAGGAACAACACUGAGGAAGCUGACAUCGCAGAAACUACCACCGGAAUCGUUAUGGACAAUUCUAGUGAUUCGGACCCUGAUCAGGAAUUCGAGGACUCUGGAGCUUAUUACCAUAUCAGAUUGAAGAUAGAUGGUGGCGCCAUCGACGAAGAGGUUGUUAAGGUUGAGAGCGAAGACGACGAUGAUGGCCAGUUUCUAGCUUAG